AUGGGGCGCUCCCGACCGAGGACGACGUGCGCCGCAUCCUGGGCUACGUCGGUGCCGUGGUGGAGGACCGCCUCGACCUACUCUUCGCCCUCAUGGAGGGCAAGGACAUCACUAGGCUCAUCGCCGCGGGCAGGGAGCAGCUCGCCGAUGCCGCCUCUCCCUCCCUGCCCUCGGCCCUCGUUCACUGCGCCGCCUUCUGCUCAUCUUCUAGGACAGCGAGAUGCAGCGAUACGUGGAGGUCAUCCCCGCUGCGCGCUCGUCGGGGUUGCCGUACCCGCCGUCUUCUUCCUCAUGGUAGACGAGGGCAUGAAGAUCUGCGACCCUGAUGCCAUCUUCUUCCUCGAGGUACCGCCAUCUGCAUCUCAGGUGAUUGAUUCCUCACUUAUCUUAUUACUUGAGCCCGACAUCUCUAGAUCUGAGAGUCCGCGACGACACGACGACCAUGGCUGCUGUUGCUGCAACUUGGCCAGGGUCGAUGUCCGCUACCGAUGGCGAAUUAGCUUCAAGUUCUGA